ACAUACGUCCUGGCUUAACACUUUUGCUAACAUUUAUCUUGACUCGAAAAGCGGACCUGCAGUUUCCCCGAGCGACCUCGUUUUAGGCGGUCCGAGUAUCACCCGUUCUUCGGAGCCAACCGCGUGCACCGUACGACCACGGCCGGCUUAGGUGGAGGUGAUAAAAGCGCUAUGUUUCUUAGAAAAGUUUUGCUGUCACCAGAGGGCGUUAGACAUAGAAUUACGUAACCAUUUUCGCAUACCGACGAAGUCGCGGGCGCCACUUUGCCCACUACAUCUGCCAGACUCCGCGUUGGCUAUUACAUUGGAAUACAGCGGCCUCGUAACGAAGAAAUGAUUGAACAAAUUUAUUUUGUGAGCAAAAAGUGGAGGACGAAACUGUAAGUUAUUGCUAGAUAUUUCCUAAAUAAAUUCCCAACUUACAUGCUAGCAUUGAAGAAGGGUCCUAUGAUGUUAAUGACUUUGGGGAAUGAACAACUUUCGGUUACAUUUUCGGUAUGCUGAGAGGACAUCGCUAUGAAAGACAGACUAUAUCAACAAUGCGAACAUUAAAAUGGACGUUCAUACGGAAAGACAGAGGCAGGGGAGAACAUAGCCAGAUAUUCUACCAGCGCACAGUGACCAUUCAUGAAAUGGAAUCGAGACGAUAACGUGAUGAACAGUUUCGAAAAACAGCAGAUAAAGAUAUGGCUUCCUUUCGUCUACCCAAGAUCGACGACUUGAAGUCGACAGUGGCUGAUCAACAGAAUGAGAAACGCAGACGGAUAUCGACCGGGUCUAUGCACAGUGGUCGGUCUGGGAGCCUGGAGCCUUCACCGCCCACGAUCGACAAGGCCCGACCCGCUACUGUUAGACGGACUCUCAAACGAUCCAUGUCGGUACCAGGACUGCCGUUGAGUGUCAGUGAUCGCUCCUCUCUCCAGGACACGCACGCCCAGCGAGGAACGAAUAACCCCCGUGGGGUGGGGAUAAGCAGACUUGAGAAUGAGCAUCUGCUGGAGAACAAACGAAGGGACAUAAGGGUCCGCGCCGAGAGGGAAUUCCGCGCCGUGUCGGCCAGGGUGAGCGAUUUCUGCACACGUGCCGCUGCCGCCAGCGUCGACCUGCGAGACGAUCGACUGAUCGACACUGUCGACUGCAUGGAAGAUGCAAACAUCGCAGCCGAGCGCCUCUUCCUGAAUAACACCACGCUCCGAAAACCCAGACGGAGCGGUUUCAUGCCGAAUAUCUACCAGAGUCCAACGGGGACUUUAGCCCACCCACAACAAGAACUCCAGCCUGAUCACGGGCACGAUGCUUCUCACAGCCUCCCCGGACGUGACUUAGACGACGAGGAGGCAGCUAAUGAGAUGGUUGAGAGAAUAAGUCGAUGGUUAGAAGAUGUGGAGAGACUAAAAAGAGAGCCAUGUGAAGAUUUAGCUGCCGGAGUAUCACUCAUUGCUCUCACGUAAACACGACUCCGAUAUUCUAAGUUUUAUUGUUUUCAUUUGUACUAAUUCAAAGAUUCUUCGUUUAUUUUUUACUGUGAUAUGUAUUUUGAUUGAUUACACAGAGUACGGGUACUUUGUUUUAAGUCGAGCUGAGUUUUUUAAAUGAGAUGUAUAGCCUAUGAAGAAUAACAAAAUCACAAAGUAGAAUAAAGGAAUACCUGCUAUGUU